AUGGCGACACGAAACAUUAUUUGUUUAUUCAUAUUGGUACUUAUCUUUCCAAGUACUCAACAAUUUGAUCUAGAAACAUGUCGAUCCCCAUUAGGAAUCGAAACAGGAAAGAUUCCUGACUCGGCUUUUUCGUCAAGUACCCAUGCUGGAAGCAAUUCAACAGCGUCGAGAGCAAGAAUACGCAGUGAAAAUUACGGGUGGUGCCCAUUAAACAAAAUUUCGACAACAACAUAUGAAUAUAUACAAGUCGAUUUAGUUAAUUUGACUGUUAUUACAUUAAUUGAAUUACAAGGCAAAUUCAGUCAACAUCCAAAUGAACAUUAUGCCGAUGCCUUUCGCAUUGAAUAUCGUCGAGAAUCGAAUCAGAAAUGGAUUAAAUACAAAGACUUUGCCGGACAAUAUAUUUUAAGUGGAAAUACAAAUAGUUACAUACCGGCAAUGCGAGAUAUUUUACCAUCAUUAGUAGCAAAACAGAUACGCAUCAUACCACUUGUCACUGGCAUUAAACCCAAACAUAUUUGCAUGCGAUUGGAACUCUAUGGAUGUUCCUAUCAAGAUGGUCCUAUUUCCUAUUCAAUCCCGCAAGGCGACAGACGCGGUUACGAUGUCGAAUUUCUUGAUGAAACAUACGAUGGUUAUAACAUAAAUGGCACAUUGAAAGAUGGUCUUGGUCAAUUGACUGAUGGCAUUGUUGCUGGCGAUGAUUAUCGCUUGGCAGAAAAUGUUCAAGGUAUUGGUCAAAUCGGCUAUGACUGGAUCGGCUGGAAACGGAAAUCAUCGACAAUGUCAAAUAUAAAUAUGUUCUUCUCCUUCGAGACUGUUCGAAACAUAACUUCGAUUCGUUUACAUACAUCGAAUUUAUUUACACGUGACGUUUAUAUCUUUAAUUCCAUAGUUAUAACCAAUUGUGACGAGAAAACCAAGACAAAAACAUUUUUUCUCAUACCUGAUGAUUAUGUGAAUACACACGCGAGAUUUAUCAAUAUAUCGUUAGCUUCUAGUUCGAGAUUUGUCACCAAAUGUGUAAAACUAACAUUGACCUUCAAUAAUCGAAGUAAAUGGAUCUUAAUCAGCGAAGUUAUAUUUAAUUCUGCAACACCUACUACUACCACGAUACCUUUAUCAGUGGCUACGGAAACGACAGCUACAACGGAUGCGAGCCAGUUACCACCGUUCAUUGAUUACGGAGUAACGAUGAUUCAUUAUUGGCAAUGGUUAUUACUUGUUGGAAGUCUCUUUAUUCUACUAAUCAUUCUUUCGAUUUUUGUCUAUUAUCAAUGGAUUCAAACGUUUCGUCAACGUCGAAAACUCCGCAAAAUGUCCACUCAUUUAAAAUUCGAUUCAGGCUAUCAACCGAUAUCGGUUCCGUUUCCUACUCGUGUAGCCAUGAACUGUUGUUACACCACUGCUUGUGAUAGUACAAUUUGCUCGGAUGGCAAUUCAACCUGUUCGACUUCACAUAAUGAUAUGCGUCGUCAUUUGAUUAUUUCGACAGCAACUUCGCCAAGUGCAGGAAGAGCAACGAGUGGAUCAGAUUUUGGCACGAUUAGCACCGCAAGUCCUGCAACGAUGUCAACUGUUUAUCAAUCAGUUGUUAAUCCAUAUCUAGCAGCUGUAAAAAACGAUCUGCCUAACGUGACACCAAAUCCAUAUGCUUCCAUUGAUAUGUAUGCUUAUCCAAUUAUAUCCGAUAAAACAAUCAAUACAGAGAAUCUUACAACAAAUCUUCAAGGUCCAUGCGGUAAUUGUACGUAUCAAUCAUUAUCUCCAUCAGAUAUGUAUGAUAGUACGCGAUUAAUUCCGCGAAUUAACGACGAACAAUUGAUUGUCGAAGAACGUUACUCAACAGUCAAUGGUUGUUUCGGCACCAUCGUUCGUGGUUAUAUCUAUCUUCGUCAUCCGUAUGAUGUCCUGAAACCUAUUCUGAUCAAAGCUCUGACGACUAAUGAUCGAAUUCAAAAAGAAUUAUUCGAUAAAGAACAUGAAAUCAUGGUUCGUUUGAGUCAUCCCAAUUUAGUUCAAUUUUUUGGUUACAGUCUCAAACAAAACUAUGCUCUGGUCGAACAUAGUGAUCUAGGUGAUCUCUACACAUUUUUAUCCACAACGCGAUGCGUUCAAGAAGAUCAAAUAUCACUUUCAAUUAAUGUUCAUCUUUUUAUCAUUACUCAACUAUCCAAUGCAUUGCGUUACCUCGAAUCGGAAAAUCUUAUUCAUCGAGAUAUUUCCGCAAGAAAUUGCCUAGUUUAUCCAAAUUAUGAAAUCAAACUAACAAACUCUGCUAUUGCUUCAUUACAAUUUCAAACACACUAUUAUACAAUCAAUCAUCAACGUCUACCAAUCCGAUGGAUGCCACCAGAAACAAUUUCCAAUAAUGAAUUCACUUCUCAAUCAGAUAUCUGGGCAUUUGGUAUAACACUUUGGGAAAUUAUGACGAAUUGUUUAACACUUCCGUAUGCACUAUUAAAUGACGAACAAGUGUAUCAGCGAUUGAAACUGAUGGGCACAAACGUCAUGCAAUCAUCAGGUAGUUUACAAUUAUCCAAGCCUGAAUUUUUGAGUAAAGAACUCGUGGAUCUAAUGCUUGAAUGUUGGCGUCCGUAUGGCGAAAGACCAACAUUCAAUGNAUGUCAUCCUAUUUCUGAAUUGAGAAGAUUUAUUUCCACAUACAUUCAAAAAACAAAACAAACUUUUUCCUGA